UCUGAAUACAAGACUUGAGGAAUUAUGUAAAAUAUAUAUUUAUUAUAUGUGUACAAAUUACAGGAGAAGGGCUCUGUUUCUAGGGAGAAGUUCUCCAAAGCCGCAUUUUUUCCUGGCUGCGAUUAACUUUCCCGGAAAAUUCGAGAGGUUUUCUCGCAAAUAAAACUUGACCCAAAAGUAAGAGAUGCGUUGACUUACUGUAUCCAGAAAUUGAAUUAACGGUAUCUGAUUUAUAAUUCUAUAAAAUUGAGUUGCAGAGGUUGGUCUUACCAAUUCCAAUGACCUGAAUUCCACCGUACUCUUGGACUCUACAUGGAUAUCAAACAUCGUCAGAACUAAAGAUCUCUUCUGUGAUUGUCUUGUUGAUUGUGUUUUUUUUUUUUUCUUUUGAAUGUUGAAAGAUGGAAAAAGACAUGACUACAACAACUAAAUCAAUGGUUUCACUACCUGAGUUGUUCUCUCAGACCACAGUUGCAAUACUUGAUUGCAUUCAAGCUGCCAAGGCUGUCGUCACACAGACCGAGAAUUUCGAGAAAUUCUCAAAUUUCAUGGAGAAGAUCACACUCAUCUUAAAAGAUUUGUCAAAAUCAAAUGUAGAUGAUUUUGAGAGCUUAAGAAAUGGUCUGGAUAUUGUGAACUUGGAGAUUAAAGUUGUGAAUCAGCUAGCUCUCGAGUGUGGAAGUAGAAACAAGAGUUAUCUCUUGAUCAACUGUAGGAAAAUCUUGAAGCAAUUAGAGAACAGCACGAAAGAGAUUUCUCGAGCACUAAAUCGUAUCCCUUUGGCCCGUUUGGAUGAUCUGAGAAUUAUUAAUAAGAUUACCAGGUUGUGCAAGGAUAUGGCGGAAGCUGAAUAUACUCCCAGUGUAAUGGAGAUUACAGUUUUGGAGAUGAUUGAGUCUGGUUUACAAGAGAGGAAUGUUGAUAGAUGUUAUGCAAAUGAUUUGUUUGUUUUAAUUGCUGAGAGAGUUGGGGUUCCUGAUGAAAACUUGGCCAUGAAAAAGGAACUCGAAGAGUUAAAGGCCGAAGUACAAGAAUCAAAACUUGGAAUCAGCAUGGCUGAAUCUAGAAGAAUGGAACAGAUUGUUGAGUUGCUUGAAAUGGCUGAUGUUAUGACAUCCUAUGAGGAGAAAGCCAAGAGGUAUGAAAACGAGCGGGACUCACUUGGUACUCAACCUUUGCAGGCUCUCCAGUCAUUUUGUUGCCCGAUCACUAUGGAUGUCAUGGUGGAUCCGGUGGAGAUUUCAUCGGGUCGGACAUUUGAAAGAAGUGCCAUCGAGAGAUGGUUUGCAGACGGACAUAAGGACUGUCCAUCAACCUCAAUACAAUUGGAUUCAUUGGUUUUACAGCCUAACAGAACUCUUAGACAAACAAUUGAAGAAUGGAAAUACAGGAACAAGAUGAUCACCAUUGUUUCUAUCAAACCUAAACUUCAGUCAAAUGAUGAACACGAAGUGCUUCAAUCUCUAUGUGAGCUGCAGGAUCUAUGCAGGGAACGGGAGCUGCACUGUGAGUGGGUGACAUUUGAGGGUUAUAUACCAAUUCUCACUGGACUUCUUAGUGCAAAAAAUCGUGAAGUAAGAACACAGGCUCUAGCCAUUCUCUGCAUUCUUGUUAAAGACAGUCAUGAUAACAAGGAAAGAAUUGCAAAAGAAGAUGAUGCACUCAAAUCCAUUGUCCGCUCACUUGCUCGCCAAAUAAAGGAAAGCAAGUUGGCCUUAGAGUUGUUAUUGCAAUUAUCAAGAAGCAGUGUAGUGCGAGAUGUCAUUGGAACCAUUCAAGGCUGUAUAUUUCUUGUAGUUAAUAUGCUAAACAGUGAUGACGCUCAAGCUUCUAGAGACUCAAGAGAGCUUUUGGACAAUCUUUCUUUUCUUGAUAACAAUGUUAUAGAGAUGGCUAAGGCAAAUUUCUUCAAACCUUUAUUGCACCUUCUUUCUUCAGGACCAGAUGAUGUGAGGUUUCUGAUGGCUAAGACAUUGUCUGAAAUUGACUUAACUGAUCAUCAUAAACUAUCCCUAGUUAAAGAUGGGGGAGCACUAGGACCUCUUCUUCAGUUACUCUCUCAUGAAGAUCUAGGGAUGAAAACAGUGGCAGUUAAAGCCCUUCAGAAUCUGUCAAGCUUGCCCCAAAAUGGGUUGCAGAUGAUCAAAGAAGGUGCAGUUGGACCAUUAUUUGAAAUCCUUUAUUGCCAUAGCUUGUCAUCCCCAAGUUUGCGUGAACAGGUUGCAGUUGUAAUCAUGCACCUUGCCAAAUCAACUAAUAGCCCAGCAGCUGACGAUGAGAAAAUCUCAUUGCUGGAAUCUGGUGAAGAUAUCUUUAAGUUAUUUUCAUUGAUUUCUUUCACGGGACCCAACAUUCAAAGAAACAUUCUUGAAGCUUUUUGUGCAGUGUGCUGGUCAUCUUUAGGUUCAGAAAUCAGAGCAAAGUUGAGACAGCUCCCUGCUGUCCAAGUGUUGGUUCAAUUAUGUGAGGUAAACAACCAAAUGGUGAGGGUGAGAGCAAGUGCAGUGAAGUUAUUCUAUUGCUUGACAAUAGAUGGCGAUGACAUCAGUUUCCAGGACCAUGUGGGUCAGAGAUGCAUUGAUACAUUGCUAAAGAUCAUAAAAUCUCCAACUGAUGAAGAAGAGGCCGCUGCAGCUAUGGGUAUCAUCUCGAAUCUUCCCAAGGACUUACAGAUAACUCAAUGGCUUCUAGAUUCCGGGGCACUGGAUAUAAUAAUCUUUGCUUUCAUAACUGGUAGAAACCGAAAUGCCUUGAACAAGGAGCAUGGAAUAGAAGAUGCUGUUAGAGCCCUUUGUCGUUUCACUGUUUCAACAAAUAAAGAAUGGCAGAAAAAGGUUGCUGAAACUGGUGUUGUUCUGGAAUUGACAAAAUUACUAGUUUCAGGCACUCCUUUAACAAAACAAUAUGCAGCGGUGUCGCUUAAACAGUUUUCAGAAAGUUCCACCGCAAUGAGCCAGCCAUUAAAGAAAACGAGAGCUUUCAUUUGCUGCUUUGCUGCAUCAGAAACAGGCUGCCAAGUACACCGGGGUAUAUGUACAGUUGAGUCUUCAUUUUGCAUUUUAGAGGCCGAUGCUGUCGAGCCACUGGUUCGGAUGCUUGAGGACGGACAUUUUGGAGCUGCUGAAGCUUCUUUAGACGCCCUGUUGACGUUGAUUGACAAUGAAAGAUUGCAAAAUGGUUGCAAAGUGCUUGACCAAGUAAAUGCCAUUCCUCCAAUUAUAAAACUACUGAGUUCAACUUCAACCAAAUUGCAGGAAAAAGCAUUGGGAGCUCUAGAAAGGAUAUUUCGGUUGCCUGAGAUGAAGCAGAGAUACGCGACAUUGGCUCAAAUGCCAAUCGUCGAUAUAACUCAAAGGGGAAGCAGUGGAAUGAAAUCAAUGGCUGCCAAAGUCCUUGCCCAGUUGAAUGUUCUAGGUGAACAGUCUUCAUAUUUCUAAAUCUGAUAUAUGAUACAACGCCUGUAAUUUUCAAAUAAAUAUCUAUUUUUAAACUGGUGAAAAGAACUCCAAUUUUCUUC